AUGUACGACAAACAGGACAGGGAAGCCGAAUGCAACAAUCUGCGACGAGUGGCGUUCAUUGGGGUCGCAAUUUCGACAGUUGCAACGUUGAUUUGUGCUAUCUCAGUGCCAAUGCUCUACAACUACAUGCAACAAGUACAGUCAGUUAUGCAGAAUGAAAUCGAUUUCUGCAAGUUACGUUCGGGCAGUAUCUGGAGAGAAGUCACAAAAACACAGAUGCUAGCAAAUACCGCUAGAGGAGUGAGGAUGGUUCGUCAAGCCGGCUAUGGGGGCCCAGAUGCUGCAGUUGAAGGCGUAGAAGCUGUUAUUGAACAACCAUCGUCGGGAUCAUGUUGCGGUUGCGGAGUCGGUGAAGCAGGCCCACCCGGACCGCCAGGGCCGGAUGGUAAAGAUGGUCCAGAUGGAGAGCAAGGACCACCAGGAAAAGAUGGCGUUGACGAGGCCCCAGCCGGAGCAAACGCAUCUGCACCCGCCGAACCAUGCUUCGAAUGCCCAGAACCUGUUCCUGGUCCACCUGGAAAUCAAGGACCUAAAGGAGAACCAGGAAAACCUGGACCGAUGGGUCCAGAUGGUCCCGCCGGAGAGCAAGGACCCGUUGGGCCUGCAGGACCCGCCGGUCCGGCUGGACCACCUGGACCUGCAGGUGAGAAAGGACCAGCCGGAGAGCCGGGUAAAGUUUUGGAGGCAGAAGGCCCAGAAGGUCCACCUGGUCCUCCAGGACCACCGGGUCCACCUGGACCAGACGGACCACCCGGACCAGCUGGAAAACCAGGCGAAGAUGGACCUCCAGGUCCACAAGGAGAGCCAGGACCGGAUGGUCCAGCUGGAAAACCCGGCCCAGAUGGAGAACAAGGACCACCUGGCGAAUCUGGAUCGCCCGGUUCAUGUGAUCAUUGCCCAGCGCCAAGAACAGCACCUGGCUAUUAA